CGGUGCGAGAGCUGCUGCCUGCGCUGGGGCCAGAGGCGGUGACGGUCGGGCCUGAGAGACAGUGGGCCAGAAGCCGGUCAGCUGCCGGACCUGCGGACUCGCCCUCCGGCCGAGUGCGCGGUUUCUGGCUGGACCAAGAGACGCUGCAGAGCCCCCAGAGGAAGAUGUUCAACGUAGAGUCGGUGGAGCGGGUGGAGCUGUGCGAGAGCCUGCUCACUUGGAUCCAGACAUUUAAUGUGGAUACACCAUGCCAGACUGUGGAAGAUUUAACGAAUGGGGUUGUGAUGGCCCAGGUUCUUCAAAAGAUAGAUCCUGCAUAUUUUGAUGAAAAUUGGCUAAAUAGAAUCAAAACUGAAGUGGGAGAUAAUUGGAGACUAAAGAUUAGCAAUUUAAAGAAAAUUUUAAAAGGAAUCCUGGAUUACAAUCACGAGAUUUUAGGACAGCAGAUUAAUGACUUUACUCUCCCUGAUGUGAACCUUAUUGGGGAGCAUUCUGAUGCAGCAGAGCUCGGAAGGAUGCUCCAACUCAUUUUAGGUUGUGCUGUGAAUUGUGAACAGAAGCAAGAAUACAUUCAAGCCAUUAUGAUGAUGGAAGAAUCCGUUCAGCAUGUUGUCAUGACAGCCAUUCAAGAGCUAAUGAGUAAAGAAUCUCCGGUGUCUUCUGGAAAUGAUGCCUAUGUUGACCUUGAUCGCCAGUUGAAGAAAACUACAGAGGAGCUAAAUGAGGCUUUGUCGGCAAAGGAAGAAAUUUCCCAGAGAUGCCAUGAGUUGGAUAUGCAGGUCGCAGCAUUGCAAGAGGAGAAGAGUAGUUUGUUGGCAGAGAAUCAGAUAUUAAUGGAAAGACUCAAUCAAUCUGAUUCCAUAGAAGAUCCCAACAGUCCAGCAGGAAGAAGGCACUUGCAGCUCCAAACCCAGUUAGAGCAGCUACAAGAAGAAACGUUCAGACUAGAAGCAGCCAAAGAUGAUUAUCGAAUACGCUGUGAAGAAUUAGAAAAGGAAAUCUCUGAACUUCGACAACAGAAUGAUGAACUAACCACUUUGGCAGAUGAAGCUCAGUCUCUAAAAGACGAAAUAGAUGUUCUUAGACAUUCUUCUGAUAAAGUGUCUAAACUAGAAGGUCAAGUGGAAUCUUAUAAAAAGAAGCUGGAAGACCUUGGUGAUUUGAGACGACAGGUUAAACUCUUAGAAGAAAAGAAUACUAUGUAUAUGCAAAAUACUGUCAGUCUAGAGGAGGAGUUGAGAAAAGCCAAUGCAGCUCGAGGUCAACUUGAGACAUAUAAGAGACAGGUAGUAGAACUACAAAAUCGAUUAUCUGAAGAAUCAAAAAAGGCAGAUAAAUUAGAUUUUGAAUAUAAGCGACUAAAAGAGAAAGUAGACAGUCUUCAAAAAGAAAAAGACAGGUUAAGAACAGAAAGAGAUUCUCUGAAGGAAACUAUUGAAGAGCUUCGUUGUGUACAGGCUCAAGAAGGGCAGCUUACCACUCAAGGGUUAAUACCUCUAGGAAGUCAGGAAUCUUCAGACAGCCUUGCAGCCGAAAUUAUUACACCUGAAAUCAGGGAGAAACUUAUUCGUCUCCAGCACGAGAAUAAGAUGUUAAAAAUUCAUCAAGAGGGUUCCGACAAUGAAAAAAUUGCCUUGUUGCAGAGCCUUCUGGAUGAUGCAAACCUACGCAAGAAUGAACUGGAGACAGAGAAUAGACUGGUGAAUCAAAGGCUUCUAGAGGUGCAAUCACAAGUUGAAGAACUACAAAAAUCUUUACAGGAUCAAGGCUCAAAAGCAGAAGAUUCACUUCUUCUAAAAAAGAAGCUUGAUGAACAUCUAGAAAAGCUGCAUGAAGCUAAUAAUGAAUUGCAGAAGAAGAGAGCCAUUAUCGAAGAUCUUGAACCAAGAUUUAAUAACAGCUCCUUAAAAAUUGAAGAAUUACAAGAAGCUUUACGGAAGAAAGAAGAAGAAAUGAAGCAAAUGGAAGAACGAUAUAAAAAAUACUUAGAGAAAGCCAAAAGUGUUAUCCGGACUUUAGAUCCUAAACAGAAUCAAGGAGCAGCACCAGAAAUACAAGCUCUUAAAAAUCAACUCCAGGAACGAGAGCGGCUAUUCCAUUCACUAGAGAAAGAAUAUGAGAAAACGAAGAGUCAAAGAGAGAUGGAAGAGAAAUACAUAGUCAGUGCCUGGUACAAUAUGGGAAUGACUCUGCAUAAAAAGGCGGCUGAAGAUAGACUGGCUAGCACAGGUUCAGGGCAGUCAUUUUUAGCUAGACAAAGACAAGCCACAAGUGCAAGAAGAUCUUACCCGGGCCAUGUCCAACCAGCCACAGCAAGGUAGAGAAGUCAGAAAUAAAAACCUGCACAUACAGCAACAUUUCAGGAAGUUCACCAAAAGUCAAUAUUUAAUGUUGCUCAUUGGAGGGCUUUUUCUCUGUCUUAUAUAUUUGUGUUAGUUUCUUUGUCCUUUAUUCUGUAGUCUUUUCAGUUCCUUUUAAUGUGCCAAAAAUUUGUAAAUGUACAAUUAUAAUUGUUGUAUAAAUAGUGUAAUACUUUACUUUGUAUGAAAAUGUCUCUUCCCCAGUGGUGUAGGCUUUGUAAUGAAUUAGAUUUUCUGCCAACAAUUGAUACACAAUUUGUAUUCUUUAUUGUGCCUAUGUGUUACCAUGCUUUAUAAGAAUGUCUUUGUUUGAAGGAACUUUAAUCUUUUUAUGA